CUCUCACUCUCACUCUCACUCUCUUCUCUCUUCUUCUUCUCAACAAUGGCGAGCCUCUCACUCUCCUCCACGUCAUCACAUGCUUUCUCUCUCCACCGCAGCAAGGUCGUCUCCGCCGUAUCUCAGCCGCGGCUGGUCCAGCUUCAGGCCACCAAGAUCUCCGCCUCGCUCCGUUACAAUCCGCUCAGAGUUUCGAUCAGCAGAAACGUUUGGAUCAGUGGAAACGACGAGUUGAAGUUGAUGAAGAACAAGAAGAAGAGCAUCAGGAGGGGAAUGAGUGCAGUUUGCUACGCUGCGCCUAUCUCGGUCCAUAAUAUCCAGUGGAUCGCCACCAUUUCUCUUGCGACCUUGAUGUUUGCGAAAGGAACAGCUGUGCAGAAAUCGUUUCUGGUGCCCUUGUUUGCUCUACAAGCACCGGGUAGCUUCAUCACAUGGAUUAAGGGUGAAUAUGGACUCUGGGCCGCAUUUCUAGCGCUUCUUGUUCGGCUCUUCUUCUACUAUCCUGCUAUCCAUUCCAAUCAUUUGGUCUCGUUUGGUUCUUAUUCAGGGGAACUUGAAUUGCCGUUAAUAGCGUUACUUGUGGUGAUUGUUGCUCCUUACCAAGUUAUGAGCCUAAGGGGAAAACAAGAAGGUGCUAUUGUUUCCCUAGUCAUUGCAGGAUAUUUGGCUUUUCAGCAUUUCUCACGCACUGGAAGCUUGAACCAAUCAUUUGACCGAGGUUCAAUUGUUGCAACUUUAGCCAUCAUUUGUAUCACUGUUCUGUCAUGCUUGUUCCUGUUCUGGUUCUGAGUUUCGUGUAAAGUAAAUUAGAAGUACAGUAGUGAUCUUCUAAAGGUUGAAAGCCGGAGAACAGUCAUAAAUGCUGAACCUUUUAUGUUCAUUUUCUAAAUAUGUUUAUGAUGAAUAAAGUUCUGUGUUCAUAUUUUUCAAUAAAAGGAAAUAUUGUCAAC